AUGGUUAAUCCAAGGAUACGGCAGCCAGUUGGAGCCCUACUCACAAUCCCCAAGCAGCAGCCACGGCCCUUGUCUGCUUUCGAAGACUUCAAUGAAUCAUCAUACUCACCCUACUCACGCCCAACUAGCUUCUCCUCUUCGUCUGAAGCUUCAUCUCCUCGAUACAACAUGACGGGUCGCCCACCGACCCUCAACGAGAUUCUUCUCGAUACCGCCCCUCCGCCAUGGACACUGAGUGCCUUCAUGGCCUACCUCUCCCAAAACCACUGCAUGGAGACGCUCGAAUUCACUCUUGAUGCUCAGCGCUAUGCUUCCGUCUACGAACAGUCCCUCGCUGACGCCACCUCCGCGGAUGACGGCAGGGAGAGGGUUUGUGCAUGGUGGGAGAAGCUGAUGCAGGUCUACAUAGUCCCCUGCGCGCCUCGCGAAGUGAACAUUCCUGCUCAGGUUCGAGAUCGCCUCCUUCGCGUGCCCUAUGGCCCCAACCCCCCUCACCCGUCCGAGCUGGCCGAAGCCGGACGCAUCAUCUACGAACUCAUGAACGACUCCGUUUUGGUUCCUUUCUUGCAGUCUGUCGCUACCCCCGCAACAGAGCUGCAUCACGAUUUCCAUCUGGGAUCGCCCCAAGCAUCUUCUGAUCGAACAUCGCCCUCCAGUGGCGCGGAUGUCGAGCCCUUGUCAGCCGAUAGUGAAGGCAAUUCACCGUCAGUCACGGAACCCAUGACACCCCCUACCACGCCGCCUACCUCAGAGUGGACUUUUAGUGCCACGCAUGGUGGCUUUCAUCGUGCCGUAGCAGCGCACAACAAGGGCUGGAAAAAGGUUGGCGCAAAGCUGGGCUUCAAUCGCAAGAGCUCUAAUCGGAGAACAACACCGACAUCUUCGGGACCCGAAUCUGGAGAGUCGAGCUACAACCCCAGCAGCAAUUCAUCGUUUUGA